AUGUUUUUUUUUUCUUUCAUUAUUUAUUUCUUUAUGAAAAGAUUUAUUAGAUUCUUUCAUUCAACCAUUUUUCUUUCGUUUUUCUUUGCAUUUUCUUUGCUUUUUCUUUUUUUAUUCAUUUAUUUUUUGCUGAUGCGUUUAAUUUUUUUUCUUUCUUGUGUUCUUUCUUCCUUUCGUUCUUUGUUUUUGUUUGGUUCUUUUUUUUUUCUUUUAUUUAUUCAUUUCUUUCUUUUAUUUAUUUUGUUCGUAGAUUCUAUCUUUUUUUUUCUUUACGUUAGUUCUCCAUUGAUUUUUUUUUCUUUCUUUCUUCUUUUCGCUUAUGCGAAUUCGUUUUAUUGUUCUUUUUUAAUCUCUUUGGAUUUUUUUUGUUCUUUCUUUCUGUUUUUCUUUCUUUCAUUCCUUGUUUUUUCUCGCUUCUUUGUUCUUUCUUUCAUUCCUUAUUUUAUUUUUUUGUUUACCUUCAUUCCUUUCAUUCCUGUUUUUCGUUUCGAUGGACGGGAUUUCUAUGUGAUUCGUUUAUUUUUUAGGCUUUUUAUUUCUUUAUAUUUCCUUUCUUUCUUUCUUUCUUUCUUUCUUUCUUUUUUAUUCUUUCUUUUUCAUUUUCAUGUUUAUAGUUGUUGUAUUAGUUAUCUUUAUUUUCCUUUUCCUUUUUGUCUAUUUGUCUUGAUCCUUCUUUCUUUCUUUCUUUCUUUUGCUUCUCUUUUCUUUGUUUUUAAUAUGGAGCAAAAAUUAUUUUAUAAGUACUUAUAUAAGGUACUUUAUAAAAAAAAACAUACGCACAGAUUUAUAAAAGUGCGCGAAUAUGUGCAGGGGGCGGGUGUACGUCGACUGCAAGCAAGUUAUCGCAUAUCAUCAGUGAAAUUAAUAAAUAAUUCAACUGCUGGGCUGACAUUAUUUCGCAUAGUUUAUUAUUCUCCUUGCUUUUCUCCCUCAUAUAAAUGGGUGUCGGUCUCCAAACGUAAAUUCCCUAAAUGGGAAUCAUAUAAGUGA